ACAGACCCGCUUCUCCAAUCAAUGUUGCACAGAUAGGGGAACCUGACUCCCGCCGUCCUAUGUGGAUGAGAAGCGGCAUCAGAACUUGCUAAGGGCAUGCCCCUAAAUGGCGCCUCUCCGCACGUGGCGUCUGUGUGGGCGCGAUCAAUGCCUAGGGCGAGGGCAGGUCGCUGGCGGGGCUCGGGCUCUGCGCUGCUGUCCCUACCGCGGCGUGCUGAUUGGGCGGCCUGCGACGAGCCAUCCUGCUGCCGGUCCUGGUCCUAGGACGGCACCGUGCCUGCGUUCAGCGCCUUUGUCACGUAGUUGUCUGGUUGGGGCCGCGUGGCUAAACCCCGCCGUUGCUCCCCGCGCGCGGCACUGAGGCAGCGGCCAGUGGGGGCUGAGCGCGCCCGGCCAUGGAGGCGGCGGGCGGGUUGUGGCAGUGGCUGUCCGCGCCGGAGGAGCGGCGGCUGCUGGAAAGCCUGUCCUACGGGCUGGUGGCCGUGGCGGCGCUCUCCGCGCUGCUGCUGCGCUUCGUGCGGCUGCCGUAUGGGCGCUACUCCACGCGCCGCUUCGGCUGCCCGGUGCCCGCCCGCCUGGCCUGGGCGCUGCAGGAGCUGCCGGCGCUGCUGGUUCCGGUGGGGCUGAGUCUUUUCAGCGGCGCGGCCCGCGUCUCCGAGUGGCCGAACCGGGUCCUGCUGGCGCUCUUCAUCGGGCACUACGCACACAGGGCACUCAUCUUUCCUUUCUUAAUUCGUGGAGGAAAACCAACACCAUUCAUUACUUUCACACUAGCACUCAUAUUCUGUAUCUAUAAUGGAUAUUUGCAAGGUCGGAGCUUAAGUAAUUAUGCAGAAUAUCCUUCUGGUUGGCUGAAAGGUCCUUGUUUCAUUGUAGGUUUUGCAGGGUGGCUGAGUGGCAUGACAAUUAAUAUCUAUUCUGAUCACAUUCUCAGAAAUCUGAGAAAACCAGGGGAAACGGGCUACAAAAUACCAAGAGGAGGAUUGUUCGAAUAUGUAACUGGAGCCAACUUUUUUGGAGAGAUUCUUGAAUGGUUUGGAUUUGCUCUUGCCAGCUGCACUAUUGAAAGUGCUGCUUUUGCCAUAUGCACAUUUUUCAUCCUAGGUUCCCGGGCACACCAACAUCAUCAAUGGUAUCUUGAAAAAUUUGAAGACUACCCAAAGGCCAGGAAGAUAUUGAUUCCAUUUGUGCUCUGAAGUGCGCAUCAUGGAGUUGGCUGACUUUGAAUGAUGGUGGUUGCUAUUCUGAAAAUAUUCAGUUCACAAACAACUCCCAACAAGUUAGCCUAAAGGUUUUCUUUUAACCUUUUCAUAGAUUCAUAGCCUC